AUGCCGCUUUGUGCAGCUGUAGACCUGAAUCAAGCCCUCAAGAGCGGCAGCCGGCCGUGCCCGCAGCCGGACUUCAGCGGGGGGCCGGGCUGCUCCUGCCCCUGGCCGGCCCCCGGCGAUGUUUCCAGGGAGAGCCGGGCCGCCGUCUGCGCCGCGGAGCCGCCGCUGCACGGCCAGGGCCGGCGGGAGGCUCGGCCGCCCGGCCGGCUGUGCACCCCCGAGCUCGGCGGGCAGGACGAGGCGUGGCGGGGAGACCAGCUGUCCUCCCAGCUCUACAGGAACAGGCAGCUUCAAGAUACUUUGCUACAGAAGGAAGAGGAACUUGCUAGGUUACAUGAAGAAAAUAACAACCUCCGACAAUACCUGAAUUCUGCCCUGAUUAAAUGUUUAGAAGAAAAAGCCAAGAAAGUGCUAUCCUGCCAUGGCCAAAAAAACUCUGCUAUUUUCAAAAACACCAAAAGGAGAUUAAAAGAGGACUACUGCUUUACUCCUCAAGAAACUCCUCACGCUUCCAAAGCCAGAAGGAACCUCUUUAAUGAAUUCACUGCCUGUGAAGAGCAAGCCAGUCCUGCUGUGGACAGCUGGGUCUUGCAGACCUUAGGACUGAAAGAUGUUGACACCAUCGAUGAAUCUUCAGCUAACUACAGUGCCCUGUCCUCAGACCUUGGAAAAGAUUCAUACUGCCUGAGCCCUGAUGAAGCAAUAGACUAUGGCCACAGCGAAGGAGGAACAGCAGCAUAUAGCUACAGCCACAUGCCUCCACCUGACAGCAGUGUCCAUCCAUGCAGCACGGACUCUACCUUCCUUCCCCAGUUUCCUUCAACACCCUGUGUCUCUUCACCAGUGCCAAGUGUUUCCUCCCUCCCAGCCUAUGGGUUGCCAUAUUUGACUAAUGACUUGUCACCUAACAGGACAGAAGUAGCCUUCACAACAUCUCUAAGUCCUCACUGCAAUGUGAGAACACACACCUUCCACCAAGGACAAGCUUUUGUGCGCAGAGAAGAUAAUGGAGGAUGGAGAUUCACCUGGGUGCCCAAGCAGGCUGAAUAAGGCACCUGCAUCAAGGGUCAGCUAGAGGGGAUGUAAGAGACAUAUACUUCACCCUGUGCUCAAGACAAGUUCAGGCAUCAGAAACAAGCCUGUUAUAUGCUACCCUGCUACCCACCUAUUCGUCAUUCCCUUCCAGGUUUUCACUGGUGUGGCUCCAGAUUGCACUGAGACAGGUAUCUGCCCCAGGACAGGUCUUUAGAUUGGACCUAAUUCCCUUGUGCCUGUGUUGAGAUACCUACUUUUUCUUACAUCGUGGUUUCUCUGUCAUCAACUAUUCCUUCUUAACUGGUGUCUUCUAGACUGAACUACUUUCAGCAUUGAUGGUCAUUCCCACAUGCAUCAAACUGGAAGGGAUUUAGGGAAUACAGUUUGGAAAUAACACCUCACUCCAACAUCCACAGAUGACAAAGGUGGCAUAGGCUGAGGGUCAGCAGUGAUUUGGGUCUCUCUCAGCUAUGUAGAUUGCCUUGGAUUAAGGCAAGCACUCUAUUUGUUAACGUGUUACACUAGGUUGUCCUACCUGCAGUCACUUGGUGCUGUCUUUUUUUUUUAAUAUAAUGAUUCAAAAAACAGGACUUGCUUCUGUCGCCUAAAGGCUAUUUAAUUACAAGUGAUUCAGCAAAUUUAAGAGAUUUUCUUCUGCUGUGAUUAAAAGACUGAUGUGUUUUCUGCAUUAUGUUUUAAAGGUAUUUUAUCUGUUGGGAGUUAAAACAGAGCCCUGUAUCUCACCAACUUUAGCUACAGAACAGGAACUAGGUUUGAAGAUGCUGUGCAGUAAUGACACUGCCAUCUCCAGCCAAGGCCCUGACUUGACAUAUUAGUGGCAGGCAUUUUCUCAGCUGUGGCUGAAGUACACUCAGAGCACUUCUUUCCUCUGCAAAGCUUGCAUUCCCUUCAGCUGCAGGAUCCCACUAGUCUUCUGAUCAGUUUUCAUCCCUGUCCACUGGCCUGAUAAUGGAUUUUUUAUUGGUG